AGAGCUGAGGUGAGUCGUUGACGCUUUUUCUCGUGUUUACACAACAAUAAAACACACUUUACAGUUUAUUAAAGCGACAAUCUGCGACUAGUUUCUGCAUUGAGUUCACCUCUAUCUGUGUGUCUGCUGACCAAAACAAAACAGCAGGCAGAGAGCAGCUCUGAGAGGACAAUAUGAGCUCAGAAACUUAUUUAUGUUGGUGUGUUUGAGUUUUUCCACAUUUCUGUUUGUUAUACCGAGUAAUAUGGUAUGUGAAGGGAAAUAUGGGAAUUCUCUGCAGCAUAAACAUUUAAUUUAAUGCAGAAAAUGAACAUAAAAUUAAAAGUUUGCGGUGCUGUUUUUCUUAUUUAUAAAAUAGUGAUUAGUCCAUCCUUCAAACACUCAGUAUAAAAUGAGCUGAUCUGCUGCUGGUGAUCCUGAAUGGCUGAUUACUAAGUGUUUAUAUUUUCUUUUAUUACCUCAUUCAUUAUACUGAUGUCUUCUGAUCCACAAAUUGCCACAUUAAGUUAAUGUUACUGGUGUCAGCUCACUUGAGCAAAUUAUUUAAUCAUAAAUUGUGUUUCUUAUAAGAUUCAACAUUACAAUAUGUUUUAUUUCCUCACUCAGUGUAAAUGAAUCAGAUUUCUCUGUUUGUUCUCCUGAAGCUCUGCCGUCAUCAGUGAAAGACAAAGACAGAGUUUAUUGAAGGACAGUGAGAAGAUGAGUGAUCCAGAACCCUGCAGAAUUAAACAGGAAGACACUGAAGAACUAAUAGAUGUGGUGGUGAAGGAGGAGAGUGAAGAACUGAGUGAAGAUGAGGAGAAACAUCAUGUCAAGAGGGAAGAAGAAACUCACGCAGAGGACGAACACAAAAAGAACGAUUUCACCUGCACUCAGUGUGGAAAGAGUUUCAGCAGUAAAUGUGAUCUCAAGUCUCACAUAAUGAUCCACACCGGAGAGAACCCUUACAAGUGUUCACACUGCGACAAGAGAUUCAAACAUUCAGGACACUUGAAAUCGCAUGAGAAGACCCACACUGGACGGAAACGGCACAAAUGUGAUCAAUGCAGCAAAUUAUUUUCAAGGCCUUCAAUUUUGAAGAUCCAUCUUAGAGUUCAUACAAAGGAGAAGCCUUAUUCAUGCUCUGAGUGUGGAAAGAGUUUUAUGGAUCAGUCAUAUUUAAAAACACAUCAGAAGAUCCACACUAGUGUAAAAGAGCAUGUGUGCUUUGAGUGCAGGAAGAGUUUUAUUAAAGCUGGAGACUUGAAACGACACCAGAUAGUCCACACUAAAGAGAAACCCUUCACAUGUACUUUGUGUGGGAUGAAUUUUAAGCGAUCAUCAAACCUUAAUCAACACAUGAUGAUCCACACUGGAGUCAGAACACACAAAUGUGAUCAGUGCGGUAAGACAUUUUUGAGAGGUUCUGAGCUAAAGGACCAUCUUAGAGUUCAUACACAGGAGAAGCCUUAUUCAUGUCCUUUGUGUGGAAACAGUUUUAGGCGUUUACGAAAUUUAAAUGAACAUCUGAAGAUCCACACUGGAGUGAGGGAGUUUGUGUGCUUACAGUGUGAGAAGACUUUCAUUAGAGCUACUGACCUGAAACAGCACCAGCGGAUUCACACUGGAGAGAAACCGUACACAUGUACUGAGUGUGGGAAGAGUUUCAGAGUUUCAUCAUUCCUUACAACACACAUGGUCAUCCACACUGGAGAAAGACCACAUAAAUGUGAUCAAUGCGGUAAGGCAUUUUUGAGGCCGUACGAGCUGAGGAAACAUUUUCUGGCUCAUGCAAGACGGAGCCUUAUUCAUGUUCCCUGUUAACAUCAAUGAUAUUUACCUUCCUGGAAACUCUCCACUGUAUUCACGAACAUCAGAUUUCACAGCUAAAUGUAUGUUAAUGAGUUUUAUUACAUUAAUACACAAUUGACAAAU